AGCAGGCGCAGUAGGCUUUAGUAAACUUCUGAAUUUUGAUUCGCAGAGUUUUUACGUUUUAAGAUUUUGCUUUCUAUUCAGUUUUGGGUCAAGAAAAAAAAACUGAACACCAGCAACUAAACUGAAAAUGGACCACGCACAACCAAUUGGACGUUGUAAUUCUUCCAAACAUUCAUCGUUCUAUACAACAUACACAUCGCUGUGCAAAGACAAAAAUGUGCCAGCGAUUUUGGAACUAAUUAAAAGUAAAAACAAAUUAGAUUUUGCUGCCGAUCGAAUCAGAACGGACCAAUGGGAUAUGAUUUGUAAGGCUUUGGCUCAGGACAACGCAUUAGAACUUUUGGAAAUCCGAUCCAGAAAAUCAGAGAAUGAACCGGAGAAGAAACUUAGCAUAAUGUCAUCACUAAUUAGAGCUGUGUCUGGAUGCGUGAUACGUAAUUCGGUGUUAACAAAGCUGGCAUUGGAAGGAUUGCCGUUGGCUGUUGACUACGUUCAGAUGAUCGCGACGGCUAUCUCUCGGAGCAGUUCGAUGAAAUCUAUAAGCUUUGCCCGUAGCAACAUAUUGGACGAAGGUUGCAAUGUGAUUUGCUGUACCAUCCGCGAUUUGCCUAACAUUGAAAAACUGAAUCUUUCACAUUGCAACUUAACUACCACGGCCACCGACUUUAUCGGUGAACUAAUUAAAUUCCAAACGAUCAGCCGAAAUUCUGCGGGUUGGAUGAAAUCACUUCGCUACCGCGAUGUUGAUGUCGAUUCGGUGCCCGGUUUAAAGUGCUUAAUUUUAAAUGGAAAUCAGUUGCUGGACAGGGGUUUGGAAACUAUUACAUCUAGGCUGAAGGAGGAUAUGUGGAUGAAAGCGAUUGAGGUUCAAAAUUGUGAUAUCAGUGAUGUAGGCGGUGAAGCCAUUCUAGAUUGCCUUAAAUUCAACAAAACGUUGGUAGUUUUUGAUGCAAGCCAUAAUUACAAAAUCAGUCAUAAAAUACACAAGAAGAUUCAGAUGAUACUCAACACUGAACCAGAUAAUUAUGAAACGAUGCCAAAAGUUACGAACUCCGAUUUAAGAGAAAGAAUGGAAUUUUUGGAGCAACGAUUGCAACUUGAAACAUUUAAUCGAGUCCGAGCUGACGAUUUAAAUAUUCAGCUUCAUCGAAAUCUUGUUAAAUGCGAUCAAGAAGUGGCUGAAAAAAUGUACCAACCUCCGUCUGGUUUCAAGCUGAUUGAAAGUGGCGAACUAAAUGCAUUGUAUAAAGAGAUAGAAGAUUUGCAACGAGAAAAAGAGAUAUCGCGGGAAACAGAAGGUGAUCAAUCUUGUUUUGGGGAACAAUUUGGCAUUGGAGAUCGGUUUGGAUGGGGAGAUCGGUCUGGACUGCGAGAAGAGCCUGGAUUUGGAGAAGAAUCUGGAUUGGACGAAGAGUCUGGAUUGGGCAAAGAGUCUGGAUUGGGAAAAGAGUCUGGAUUGGGAAAAGAGUCUGGAUUGGGUGAAGAGUCUGGAUUGGGUGAAGAGUCUGGAUUAGGAGAAGAGUCUGGCUUUGGAGAACAGUCUCGCUUCGCAGAACAGUCUCGCUUUGGAGAACAGUUUGGUUUUGGUGAUACACUAACAUCUUCCGGAGAUAAAUCCUAUGGCAGCUUCAAUUCAUUUUGUCCAGAAUUAAGAGAGACACCACUGGAUACCACCGUCCGUUUUACUCCUUAUUCACAGGCAUCAUCAGGUGAUACAUCCUCUAAAUUCGACGACGAUAUGAUGACUGUUAAUUCGGAGGAUGUAUAUUGUACCGACAAUCGAAAUUCUACUUUUGAGGAGCACAUUGGAUAUGGUCAACUCAAGCAACAACUGUUUGGUGACGGACAAUAUCAACAGGUGUUGGAUGUAUUUAGUAAUGCGAAAUAAACGAAAAUUGCCAAAUUAAAAA